AUGUCUCAAUUACCUCCUGCAGAUGCCACUUUGCAGCAGAAACACUCGAAACGAACACCUUCUUUGGUAUCCACUGCAAAAUGGAAGAUUUCCGACUACUGUAACAAGAGUCCAGUUCGUAAUACUGCUACAGAUAAGAAUGCUACUGUAGCUAUUGCUGAUCAGGCAAUGAAGAUGAAUAAUGUAAUACAAAAAAGUCCAAAAAAGGAGUCAAAAGACAACUCGAAGAAAAAGGCUACGUCACAGAGAGUGUUUGUGAAGUAUAGCUUCGAAAAAAGUAAUGAAGAAAUAUUACCAAGAAAAUUGGCCACCACAGCCCCAGAGGAAACAAAACCCACCAAGAGAAAGUUUUCAAAGAAAGGUAUAUUAAAGAUGUUUUCCUCUUCUAGAAAGGACCCAAUAAAUGUUCCUGAAAAUGAAAACAUACAUCCAAAUGACGCUACUAUCUCGAAGACUGCUAUCUUGAACGAUACCGUCUCAAUUAAUCAACAAAACAUCAACCUAUAUUUGUCAAGACAGAAAAGUUCAAAUGAUCUUGAAAGUCCAUAUCAUAAUUUUAUCCAGGCAGGCACACCGAUGAACCAAGAACUUCUCACUGACAAUCAGAUACUCUUCCCAAGUGUUUCGACUGCACAUGAACCCAAUCAUCAACCAAUUUUGGAAAUUCCCAUUUCUCGAAGGCCAACCUUGGGAAUAUCCGAGGAGAAUGACGCAGCAAUAGCAUUUAACAGAAUUCAUAGUGCAGAACCGUUCCCAAUAGAGGAACGAAUGGAUGCCAUUAGAGCAUUUAGUAAAAUAACGAAUAAGAGAUCACAGUCACUAUCACAAGUGCCCACCAUGAAAUCAAACAUUCAAAAAAACAGAAACAUGUCUGUCACAUCUGUAUCAUCAAAUAUGUCGAAUUUAUCAAAAUAUUCUCCACUUGGAACCGUGACUCCAGGGAGAAGGAGGUCAAGUGUGCAAAGGCAUUCGUUUUAUAGAUCAUCAAAAGAAUGGCUUUCUCUAUACAAUAUCCAUGAUCAUGUGGAAACACAACAAGAUGAAACAUUUUUGGACACUUCAUUGCCAAGGGACACAAAGAUAUGCAUUCGGAAAAAGCAACCAGGAUCCAUUUCUGAACUUAAUAAAACUUCUAUGGUUAAUAUAACAACUGCAGAGUCUCCAGGUUAUCCACUACAAACAUCAUUUGUACGCCCUUCAAUAGACCCAAAUUCAGUAAUUACACCGACCAGAACAGAAUUUUCCUUCAACACAAAUAUUACUUUAGAUGGGGUAGAGAAUUCUGGUUAUGAUCCAAUCCUUGAUUUAUUGUCCCCCACGACUAACGAUUCAGUAACUACCGAAAUGAUCCCUUCGGCUGAUUUUCAAAAUAAUGAGAAUAUCUCUCAAGUUGACCUGGGAAAUUUUGAUUUACACCUAGAAAUGAAGAAAAAAAGGAGCGAAGGGUUAGAAUUAAUGAACACAGUUCCAGGGAAUUUUGGAAUUACUGAUGAAACAUUUCAAAAUCGAUAUAAUUCAAAUGGGUUUGUUCCAGAUGCUUUGAAUUCGACUUCAAACAUCAAUUCAAGUUCUACCACAAUGACGGAUGCAAAUACCAUAGUUCCCACCACAACAGCAUCAACUUCCGUCGAAGAGAGUACACAGUUUUCUACUAUGGCUGAUAAGAAUUUCCUUAUAUCAAAUGACUUGCCCGGUGCAUAUUCUGAGUUUGAUUUUGAUAAUCCAAAUUCAUUCUUCCAUGAGCAAUGCCGAUUAAUAAAUGACGGAUCUGUCUUAAGGAAUUAUUCGGAUACACAGUUUGCAAAUGAGCUCAAUUAUCUUAAUAACGGAGAAAAUUUUGAGACUAAUAUGGAAAAUUCCUAG